AUGAGAAAACAUUCUCUUGAUCGAUGGCUUUUAACGGCCAUUCUUGUGGUUCUACUCUCGUCUUCUUCAUCAUUCGCCACCAAAAAGAAGGCGGCAAAGAAGAAGAAUAGUAAGGAGGUGACCUAUGACGGAACGUCUUUGAUCAUCGAUGGCAAAAGAGAACUUCUUUACUCUGGCUCCAUACAUUAUCCUCGAAGCACUCCUGAAAUGUGGCCACACAUUAUCAAGAGAGCGAAACAAGGCGGUUUGAACACGAUUCAAACAUAUGUUUUUUGGAAUAUGCAUGAGCCUGAACAAGGAAAGUUCAACUUUUCGGGACGAGCUGAUUUGGUGAAGUUCAUAAAGUUGAUCCAGAAGAAUGGCAUGUAUGUCACAUUGAGGCUUGGACCGUUUAUUCAAGCUGAAUGGACUCAUGGAGGACUUCCUUAUUGGCUUAGAGAAGUUCCUGGAAUUUUCUUCCGUACAGACAACACACCAUUCAAGGAACAUACAGAGAGGUACGUACGGAUGAUACUCGACAAAAUGAAGGAGGAAAAUUUAUUUGCUUCACAAGGAGGCCCCAUUAUAUUAGGGCAGAUAGAGAACGAGUAUAGCGCGGUUCAACGCGCAUAUAAACAAGACGGAUUAAACUACAUUAAAUGGGCAUCUAAGCUUGUGGACUCAAUGAAUCUCGGGAUCCCAUGGGUCAUGUGCAAGCAGAACGACGCUCCUGAUCCUAUGAUCAAUGCUUGCAAUGGAAGACACUGCGGUGAUACUUUCCCCGGUCCAAACAAAGAAAACAAACCAUCUUUGUGGACUGAGAAUUGGACUACACAGUUCCGCGUGUUUGGUGAUCCUCCAACUCAGAGAUCAGUAGAAGAUAUCGCUUUCUCAGUUGCUAGAUUCUUCUCCAAGAACGGAAGCCAUGUCAACUACUACAUGUACCAUGGAGGGACUAACUUUGGAAGAACCUCUGCGCAUUAUGUAACCACUCGAUACUACGAUGAUGCACCUCUUGAUGAGUAUGGUUUAGAGAGAGAGCCUAAAUAUGGUCAUCUUAAGCAUCUUCACAGUGCUCUUAACCUCUGCAAGAAACCACUUCUUUGGGGUCAGCCUCAUACCGAGAAGCCUGGAAAAGAUACAGAGAUUCGAUACUACGAACAGCCUGGAACGAAAUCUUGUGCGGCUUUCUUGGCUAACAACAACACGGAAGCUGCAGAAACCAUUAAGUUCAGGGGCAAAGAUUACGUGAUCGCGCCUCGUUCGAUUAGUAUUCUUCCAGAUUGUAAAACUGUUGUUUACAACACUGCUCAGAUUGUUUCUCAACACACUUCAAGGAACUUCAUGAAAGCUAAAAAGUCAAACAAGAAGUUUGAUUUCAAAGUGUUCACCGAGACAUUGCCUAGUAAGCUCGAAGGUGACUCUUACAUACCCGUUGAGCUUUACGGUUUGACUAAAGACAAGACAGACUAUGGAUGGUACACAACAAGCUUCAAGGUCCACGAGAAGCACUUACCUAAGAAUAAAGGAGAUAAGACUCUUGUGAGGAUUGCUAGUCUUGGACAUGCGUUGCACGUUUGGCUUAACGGAGAAUACCUUGGAAAUGGACAUGGAAGCCAUGACGAGAAGAGCUUUGUUUUCCAGAAGCCGGUUACACUUAAAGCAGGAGAGAAUCAUCUUAUUAUGCUUGGUGUUCUUACAGGAUUCCCAGACAGUGGAUCUUACAUGGAACAUAGAUACACCGGACCUCGUAGUGUUUCCAUCAUGGGAUUGAGCUCUGGAACACUUGAUCUCACUGAAAACAGCAAAUGGGGGAACAAGGUCGGUAUGGAAGGCGAAAGACUCGAAAUCCACACCAAGGAAGGUUCAAGGAAGGUCAAAUGGGAAAAAUUCUCUGGUAAAGCACCAGGACUUACAUGGUACCAGACAUACUUCGAUGCACCAGAGAGCCAGAGCGCAGCGGCGAUCCGCAUGAGCGGAAUGGGAAAAGGUUUGAUUUGGGUGAACGGAGAAGGCGUGGGAAGAUAUUGGAUGUCUUUCUUGUCUCCAUUAGGUCAACCUACGCAAGUAGAGUAUCACAUCCCUAGAUCUUUCUUGAAGCCCAAGCAUAACGUUCUUCUUAUCUUCGAGGAAGAGCCUAAUGUGAAGCCUGAGCUUAUAGACUUCGUCAUCGUCAACAGAGACACUGUUUGUUCGUUUGUCGGAGAAAACUACACUCCAAGCGUUAGACACUGGACUAGGAAGCAAGACCAAGUCCAAGCCAUCACCAGUAACGUGAGUCUCACGGCGACUCUUAAAUGCUCAGGCACUAGAAAGAUCGCAGCCGUUGAGUUCGCUAGCUUCGGAAACCCUACUGGUGCUUGUGGAAACUUCACACGUGGUACUUGUCACGUUCCUGUUUCAAAGCAGGUCGUUGAGAAGCAUUGUUUGGGGAAAGCAGAGUGUGUGAUUCCGGUGAACAAAAGCACAUUCCAACAAGACAAGGAGGAUUCAUGCAAGAACGUUGUGAAGACGCUUGCGGUGCAAGUCAAGUGUGGUCGUGGCAAGAAGUGA